UUGGUUCAAAAAUAUCUUCCACUGGUCUUGAAACUUGAAUUUGGUACAAGAAAACUGAAAUACCUUCCUCUGCGGCUCACGACCGUUAACGUGUUUAUCUCGCAGGUCACCAUCUCAGACUUAGCGCGCGCUAUCAUCACGGAGCAAAUCCAAGCUAAGAAUGAGUUUAGUGGUGAACUAUUGCGGUAGUUAUGGCGGCGGCUUUAAUUCUCUUGAAAUUUCAAGCGUCAAGCGGUGCCGUAAAAGCACUUCAUGUAAGUAUAUUAUGCCGGUGAGGAUGCUAAGAGGACCUUCCACUGAUGAAGGUGUUUGUCAAACUACUGGAUCAUCGUCGAAGAGUGAUGGAAGCAGCAUCUUCAACUUUAAGACUCUUGCAAAAUCAAUAGCAGUGGGGAAUUUGGUUGCAGUGGACCUGGCAAAUGCAGUAACUACAAAAGAUAUAUUGAAUUCUUUUCCUUCAAGUCAGGAAGGUGUCAAUUCAGUUUAUACUUUGGCUGACGGAGGCCUUGGAGAUUGGUUUGGAGGCUUUCUGUAUUCUGCUGGACAACAGGCUAAUGAAGCUGUUCAGGACCAGUUAUCAACACUCAGUUUCACUAGUUUGGCAGUAAUUUUUGGGGCAGGGCUUGUAACCAGCCUGUCUCCUUGUACUCUAAGUGUUUUGCCGCUGACCCUUGGUUACAUUGGAGCAUUUGGCUCUGGUAAAAGCAGAGCAGAGAUCAUUGGAGAUUCAAUUGCAUUCUCAUUAGGAUUGGCAACUACACUAGCACUCCUAGGUGUGGCAGCCUCAGUUGCUGGAAAGGCAUAUGGACAGAUAGGGCAAGGGUUACCUGUGGCUGCUUCAGGUUUAGCUGUUGUUAUGGGCCUGAAUCUUCUUGAGGUAAUUGAAUUACAACUUCCUUCAUUUUUUGACAACUUUGAUCCCCGCACAGCUGCUGCUAAUUUUCCAUCAAGUGUGCAAGCAUAUCUAGCUGGGCUUACAUUUGCUUUAGCUGCCUCGCCAUGCAGUACACCAGUUCUUGCCACUCUGUUGGCUUAUGUGGCUACUUCCAAGGAUCCAAUUAUUGGAAGCAGCCUACUUUUAACGUACACAACCGGCUAUGUUGCUCCUCUUCUGCUUGCUGCUUCAUUUGCUGGAGCACUGCAGAGUCUGCUUUCAUUUCGGAAGUUCUCAGCAUGGAUAAACCCAGUGAGUGGUGCUCUUUUGCUAGGAGGAGGUGUCUAUACUUUCUUGGAUAGGCUUUUCCCACCCACAAUGGCUAUGUAGUCUGUACAUAUUCACUUGCUGCUACAUAUGAAAUAUAAACUGAAAUUAAAUAUAGAAAGAAACAAUGUUACUUGUGUAAGCAUUAUGAAAUCUUUGGUUUUUCUUUUUGAUUUAUUUGACACAAUUCUAUUAUAUGGAAAAUUACUCUGGGAUCAUAGUAUAGAA